GCCAACUGCAGGAGACUACUGUUAUUCCCCAGCCUAGGUUUCGGGGAAAUACGCGUUAGAUAACCUUUAACGGAGCCAAAUGCCCGAGUAAGAAUAGGAACCGGUUCUUUGCGCCUGAGCCUAUUCAAAAACUAAAGCAGUUCGUCGGAAACCUGGUUGAAGUGGCAGCUUGCGGUUAGAGGAAAAAUGUGCGAGACUGAGAGUGGAUCUGGACUGUGAGCCCAUCAUCUGACCAGAACAAUAUUAUUCACAUGGAGCAACAGAUUCGUUUCGGAGAGAUUUACUUCAGCGCGUGAUGGGGAAUGGGCUCUGCUCCGAGAAAGCAGGUUCUCCCAGUAGAGGAGCCGUCUCUUAGCAUUGAUUCCUCGUCACCUUCAUCAUCGCCACCCCCUUCAUCGUGUAAUAACUGUGCUGUGCCGCUGAUCAUCGUCACGGCUCCGUCUCGCGAGAAUCUCUUGGAGACACCGAACGGUCUGAAGAUAACGGACGCUAAUAAGGAGCCACGGCCCAUGGGAGGACCCGUGUUUGUCGGCCGGGGUCGUUUUGUCACGGGCACAGUAUGACUUACAAAGGUUAACCACUAACCCAUUGGUGUUUAAAUAAUAGAAGAGGAACCCAGCGAACGCUAACGGUCGUUCACGCGGGGACGCUCAAGAGAACGACUGCGAACGUGGAGUGAUUGGAGAUGGAAAACACGGCGGAGGCAGAUCUAGAGCCGUUAAAGCUGAAAUCUUUAAAAACCGACAGGACGUUUGUAAUACCACACAAAGAACGGUUAGGUAAAUGCAGGAGUGUGAAGGAGUUUGAGAAGAUGAACCGGAUUGGAGAAGGAACUUACGGAAUCGUGUACCGAGCGCGCGAUACUAGGACCAACGAAAUUGUUGCCCUGAAGAAGGUUCGAAUGGAUAAAGAGAAAGAUGGGAUUCCGAUCAGCAGCUUGAGGGAAAUUAACUUGCUGCUCAGACUGAGACACCCCAACGUUGUGGAGCUGAAAGAAGUGGUGGUGGGAAGCCAUUUGGAGAGCCUCUUUCUGGUGAUGAGUUACUGCGAGCAAGAUCUGGCCAGUCUGCUGGAAAACAUGCAGUCGCCGUUCUCCGAAGCUCAGGUGAAGUGUAUAGUUCUUCAGCUGCUUAAAGGACUGGCGUAUUUGCAUCACAACUUCAUUCUUCACAGGGAUUUGAAGGUUUCCAAUCUACUGAUGACAGACAAGGGCUGUGUAAAGAUAGCUGACUUCGGUCUGGCGCGUGUUUACGGUAUCCCGUUACAGCCCAUGACUCCUCGGGUAGUCACGCUGUGGUACCGAGCCCCGGAGCUCCUCCUAGGAACCAAGGCUCAGACCACCGCCCUGGACAUGUGGGCCGUGGGCUGCAUCUUUGCUGAGCUUCUAGCCCACAAACCUCUUCUGCCGGGAGCCUCGGAGAUCCAGCAGGUGGAUAUGAUCGUGCAGCUGUUAGGGACACCUAAUGAGAGCAUCUGGCCGGGCUUCUCGCGCUUGCCGCUGGUUGGCCAGUACAGUCUGAGGAAGCAGCCCUACAACAACUUGAAGAACAAGUUCACCUGGUUAUCAGAAGCUGGAUUGAGACUGCUCAACCUGCUCUUCAUGUACAACCCACAGCGCAGAGCCACGGCGAAAGAUUGUUUAGAUAGUUCCUACUUCAAGGAGAAGCCCUUGCCUUGCGAACCAGAGCUGAUGCCCACGUUUCCUCACCACAGAAACAAACGAGGAGGAUCUGUGACAGAAAACCAAUCCAAAAGAAGCAAAGUAUGACCCUCCAGCUGCCUGAAGAUGUCACGGAUGUGUUUCGCUCUCCGAAUGGACGUUUGUGUACUUGCGCUAUGCGACAUGUGGAUAUUAAGUCAUAUCUUGCAGACGUGAUGCAUUGUAAAUAAUACAAAUAAAUCAUAACGUUUAUGUAUCA